AUGGCGUCGCCGCUUGAGCGCUACCUGGCGGAUAGCCUGAGGAUUCCGCAGCUUCCCCAGCAGAGGCCCAGCUCUACUUACCUCGCCCACUCCAGCAGAGAUCCACAGGAGAUCCUGGACAGAAUCUCGUACAGCAUGUCCGCGGUCAGUCCAGGUGAGAGAAACGGGAGUGGGAGCAACAAGGCUGAAAGAAUGGCAGGACGGGCAUCGUACUCGGAGGUCAACCACUUGAACGAGGAUGAGCAAGAGAUCCUCAACAGAAUAGCGACGAGAGUCUCAGCCAGAUUUGUGUCCCAUGAGACACCCAGGGCUGAUGUGAGGAACUCAAAGCCGGUUGCUCCUCCUGCGCAGGCUGGGCAGAACCAUGCCAACGCUCCGUUGAAGAUGGACAAGUCGACCUCCUCGGACGAUAUGGAGGUCGGGGCUGACAAGCUAGUGGAAGACAACAGUUCGAUCAUGGAAGAGAACAAACUUCUAAGAAGAGAGUAUGCGGAGUUGUAUGAAAUCAGCGAGAGGUUAAAGUCUGAGCGACUAUCGCAAGAUGAGAAUUUACGCAAAACUGUCAACGCCAUGAAUCUCAAGUACUCAAGUCUGCAGUCACAAUAUUCUUAUUCCCUAGCCGAGAUAGAAAGCUUGAAAGAACACUCCAUCAAGAUGGAGAUGAUCGCGCAGCAAAAGAUUCAAGACGUCGACUCUCAACGAAAAGUAGCCGUCAGAUACUGUGAGAGCCUCGAGAGCUCACUACUCGAUGAGAAGAAGAAACUGCAAGUCGCCAUCCUUACGAACGAGAAGUUGAGGAGGCAACUGCUUGAGGUUUCUAAGAAGGACAUCAUUCCUCCGGUCGAUGCUGACUACGACGACGACACGUCAAACCUUGUCAAGAGGUUGUCAAAUUCCAAGAAGACUCUCCUGGACGGGGCUGAGCCCGGAAACCCGACAGAAGGGGAGGGGACUAGGCGAUCCUCGGCAAACCUUUCUGCUGCUCGAGAAAACGACGCUGACGAUGCGACUGCAAGCGACAAGAGGAUGAUGAGUGUGAUUCAUGAGCAAGCCAUGAUCAUCCAGCAGCUCCGGAAUGAACUUGCCCUCUCCACAAGAGUUGAGAAUCCCCUGCUGGACUUGGACCCUCUCGAAGUUCUCCGCGUUUCCCUCAACAUCUCCCUGGCGCCAGACUCAGGAUUGGAGCGGCAGGAGCGGGCGUUGGCUCUGGUCAAGCAGGCGGUGGAGUCGCAGACAGGGUGGAUCCUCGCGCCUGCGUUAGCUGAGAUGGCCUCGGAGGCUUUCGGUCACAGUGCAGCUGAGGUGGACUGA